AUGAUUGUGGAACCUUGGCUCAUUAUGGGAGAUUAUAACUCACCAUUGGCAAUUCAAGACAAAGAAGGUGGAGAACCGGUUUCUUGCAAGCUAGAUCGUGCUAUGGUGAAUUCACAAUGGCUUGUUGCAGACUAUGAAAGUUAUGUGGAAUUUACGCCCCCAGAUUUGGUGGCAAAUACAUGGGAGGCACCCGUAUAUGGCAAUGCACAAUUUACUCUCAAGAUAAAACUUACACGGUUGAAAGGUAAACUAAGCCUAUUGGGUGAAGCCCGUCAAAGCUCUCCAAUUGAUGUUUCUUCCUUGCAUGGGACUAAAUUAUCUCAAGCCCAAGCAUCAUCCCUCAAAGCUGCAAUCACGGAGGAAGAAAUCAAGAAGACUCUAUUUAGUAUAGGCACCGAUAAAGCUCCUGGUCUGGAUGGUUACAAUGCAAAAUUCUUCAUGGCGGCUUGGGACAACAUAGGGGCUGAUUUCAUUGAGGUGAUAAGGGAAUUCUUCACUAAUGGUCAGCUCCUAAAACAAUGGAAUCACACCUUGAUAGCCCUCAUCCCUAAAUCUGAUCAUGCUCCAAAAGUUAUGGAUUUUAGGCCCAUCUCAUGUUGUACGAUUUUCUACAAGGUUAUCUCCAAACUAUUGGUGGCAAGAAUAGAAAAUGUUAUGGAUAUAUUGUUGGAUCCGGCUCAAGUGGUUUUCAUCAAAGCGAACUACCUCAUUAGCGCCGCAAACAUGAAAAUGAUAGAGUGGUUUGCGGGGGAAAAUAAAGGGUCGGCUUUGGCAUAUGAGUUUUUCCGUCCAAAAGCAGCUAAAGUGGAUUGGUUUUCGGUGAUAUGGAAGCCAUAUAUUUUGCCCAAGCAUAGGUUUACAUCUUGGUUACUUGCUCAUGGAAGACUAAGAAUGGCGGACACCAUCUCUUAUGAGUCCAACAAAUUAUGUACGUUGUGUCACCAACAAGGUGAAUCCAAUAAUCAUAUUUUCUUUGAUCGUGAGAUUGUCAAGCCUCUACUUGAUAAAGUCAAGACAUGGAUGGGUAUCACUUUUGACAUCACCAAUAUGACCUCCUUUCUCGAUACAUUUCGACAACAUUACAAAGGUAAAGGGCGGCAAAUGAAAGCAAGACAUCUUGCCUGA